AUGUCUUCCUCUACUGUCAAUCAGUCCGUCCUUGACGACGCUCGCAUCAUUGCCCUCAAGGAGGGCACCAGCCUGACUUGGGCCGAAAUCGCCAGACACUUCCCGAACAAGACCAGGGGCAGCAUCCAGGUCCGGUACUGCCGCUCUCUCAAGGCUGACACCGCUGCUCGUCGCGCUGCCCUCGCUGCCAACGCUGCCGGCACCACCACCACCACCAUCUCGGGCCAGUCUUCGGCCAGCGCUGGCGCUGGUCCUGCUCAGCCCGCCUCUGCCCCUGCUGCUGCUACUGCGACCGCCGCUCCGCCCGCUGCCGCCGUCUCGUCGUCGUCUUCCUCCUCCGCGCCCGUGUCUGCUCCGGCUGCUGGCAGCCUCAAGCGCACGCGCUCUGCCACCGCCGCCGCCAAUGCCGCUGCCGCCGCCGCCGCUGCUACUGCUGCUGCUCCCGGUGCCGCUCCCACUCCCGCCACCACCGCCGACGAGGAGGAGGAGGCCGUUCCUGCGCCUGCCCCCAAGCGGGCCAGGACGGCCCGCAACAAGAAGACCGCUGCCGCCGCCACCGCCACCGCCGAGGAGAGUGGCCCCUCCGCGCCCGCAGCCUCCGCUCCCUCCGCCACCACCGCACCCGCCGCCGGUCCCGUCCAGCGCGCCCGUCGUCCUGCCGCUCGUGCGCCGGCUUCGCAGCCGCGCGCGACGCGUUCCUCUCGGAGGACCCAGCCCACCCGCUCCGCGAAUGCGCAGUCGGGUCCUUCCGCGCCGCCAGCCGGCCCGUCCGCUCGUGAGCAGCGCGCCGCGAGGCGCAAUGCGAUCAAGCCCGGGCAGGUGGCGCGGGAGGCCGGUGGGAUCAGGGUCCCCGCGGGGAAUUUGCAGACGACGAGGUUCCUGAGCACGGCGCACUUCAGCGCCUACGACGGAUAUGCGGUUGUUGGGGAGAAGUGGGGUGAUGCGAGGUGGGAGGGGUUCACGGGGAAGUAUUUGAAGUGA